AAAUGGCGGAGGAGGAGGCGAUUCUAGGGUUUCUGCAAAACAACGAUGAAAUCCCACACUCGGGUCAGUUCGCCGUCGAACACGAGCUCGACCACGAAGAAGUCAAAAACGUCAUCAAGAGCUUACAGGCUUUUCGCUACAUCGAAGCUAAGUUGAUUAAACGGGAGUUCUACGAUUUGACUGAUGAAGGGAAGAAAUAUGCGGCGGAAGGCUCGCCGGAGUUUCACUUUUUCUCGGCUGUUCCCGAGGAAGGCACCAUAUCCAUGGAUGAUCUAAAGAGAAUGCUAGAUCCUUGGGUAUUCAAUGUGGGAAGUAAACAAGCUCCAAAGAAAAAGUGGGUUGCAAUGGGACAGCAAGUCUCUAGAACGGUUGAACAUGUUGAAGAUAAAGUGAAGGAGAUGCUUUUACAAAUACAGCAAGGACUGGAACUUGACGAAGAAAGUCUCAAAUCUCUCAAAACCAGGCGACUCAUCAUAUUGACAGAGAAAUGGACGGGGUAUUCUGAAGUAAAGAAAGGUCCCAACUAUGCUCCCAAGAGGAGGAGUUUCGCCACCGAUUUGACUCGAGAAAAUCUGCAAAACUGGGAAGAGUUAGAGUUCAAGGAGUAUAACUUCAAUGCUAAGGGACAGCCUGUUGAUGCUGGGCAUCUCCACCCCCUUCUAAAGGUGCGGAAGCAGUUUAAAGACAUAUUUUGUCAGAUGGGGUUUGAAGAGAUGCCAACAAAUAACUUUGUUGAGAGCAGCUUCUGGAAUUUCGAUGCACUGUUCCAGCCUCAGCAGCACCCUGCUCGUGACUCUCAUGACACCUUCUUUCUGAAAGCUCCUUUGACGACAAGGGAGUUACCAGAAGAUUAUGUGGCAAGGGUGAAACAAGUUCAUGAGUCUGGUGGAUAUGGAUCGCGAGGGUAUAAUUAUGAGUGGAAAAGAGAGGAGGCAAACAAAAACCUUCUCCGUACCCACACAACAGCGGUGUCGUCUAGGAUGCUUUAUGCACUCGCAAAGGGACCUUUCACCCCGAAGAAGUACUUUUCUAUAGACCGUGUCUUCAGAAACGAGGCUGUUGACCGAACCCAUCUGGCAGAGUUCCAUCAGAUUGAAGGUUUGAUUUGUGAUCGUGGUCUUACAUUGGGUGAUCUCAUUGGUGUAUUACAAGAAUUCUUCUCUCGGUUAGGGAUGUCCAAGCUACGUUUCAAGCCUGCAUACAACCCAUACACUGAACCAAGCAUGGAGAUUUUCAGCUACCAUGACAAAAUAGGGUGGCUAGAGAUUGGAAACUCUGGCAUGUUCAGACCCGAAAUGCUACAACCAAUGGGUCUUCCAGAGGAUGUUCGAGUCAUUGCAUGGGGUCUCUCUCUUGAAAGACCAACAAUGAUCUUAUACGAAACUGAAAACAUCCGCGAGCUGUUUGGACACAAGGUGAAUCUUGCUACAAUUAAACAGAGUCGCAUAUGUCGGAUAGGAAUCGAGGCAGCUUGAUUUGGAUACAUUCAAAGUUCUGUACACAAUCUAUGAUCCUGCAAUUUUACUUUUUUUUUAUCUCGUAUAUUAUUAUAAGACAAUUAAAGAAUGAAGAUUUUCGUUUUAAUAUUUUAAGACUAAUUCAUACAUUCCUUAGUUUAUAA